AUGCCCCUCAACAACGAUUUCCCCGUCCCCAAGUCCUUCACCAAGUCAUGGCACUCCAAGCCCUACCCCUUCAUCUCUCCCACCCGGCCAGAGCUAUCGAUGUCCGAAAAGAACGUCAUCAUCACCGGAGGCGGCACCGGCAUCGGCCUGGCAAUCGCAACCGCCUUCGCCAAAGCCGGCGCGAAAUCCAUCGCAAUCUUAGGCCGUCGCCGUGAACCCCUCGAAAAAGCAGUGACCCUCAUCUCCAGCCUCGCCACCGCUACCAAAGUGCUCUAUGAGACAGCUGAUCUAUCAGACCGGACCCAUGUCGACGCCGCAAUGACAACCAUCGCACACCAGGUCGGCAAGAUCGACAUCCUCGUCUCCAACGCUGGGAUGCUCCCACUCCCUGGUCUGCUGAGGGGCUAUGACGCAGAGACCUUCAUGCAGAGCUUCCAGGGAAACGUGCUCACCACGUUCAACGCAAACUCCAUGCUCGUGCCUGGCCUUGCCCCAUACGCGGUGAGCAAGGCGGCUUGUCUCAAGAUGCUGGAGUAUCUGGCGGCAGAGAACCCGCAGUUGCAUGUUGUCAGCGUGCAGCCUGGCUGGGUGCCGACGGAUAUCAAUGGAUAUCAAGCGGAGGCCCCUGACAGCGUGGACCUUCCUGGCGAAUUCUAUGUGUAG